UUCCGUGGUAUACAAUCCUUUAUGAAGAUUAUGUUGGAGAGAUAACUGUCUCUCUUAUCACUGGCCUUGUGGUACAGUGGUAUAGAAUUAAUAAUUCAAAGUGUUUACGGCUGGUUGCCGGAGCAAGGUUUAUUAACAAGCGUUAGCUUUCGUUAUAAGAACAGAACUAAAACUAGGAGCCACCAGCAAGCUGGGGCAUAAGCUGAAUCAAAAUUAUUUAAUUGCCAAAGAAUGCAAAGCUACAAAAUAUAUAGAGCUUAUAUAUAGUACUUAGAGCUACAAAGCUACAGUCGGUAAGCCGACUUGGCAUAAGCGAUAAUGCUGAUCUUGCGGCAUGUGCAAGAUAUCAGAUUACCGCCGGUUGACCGUCACAUUCAGGGCGCUGAACUGAAGUUCGCUGAUUUGGCAUCUUGAGUGCAAACAACAUGGAGCAGAGCACAUUGGACAACGACAAUCCUGAUGAGUACUUUUCGGAUAUUAUUGAGAUGGACCUGGACGGAUCUUGUAGCUCCAGCACCUUGUCUGGGCGUCCGCCAAAGAAAAAGAAAAAGACCGACAUUUCGUGGCUGGCAGAGAUCGCCCAGGAGCGUCUCGAACAACAAAAGGACCACCACAGAAAGAAGGAGGAGCACGACGUUAGGCAGGAGAAGAUGGUGCAGGACUUGAUCAGCACCCAAACAAAAUUCCAGAACGACUUAUUAGAAGUUUUAAAAAAUAAAAAUAAAUAAGUUUUUAAUUUUCA